GUCAGCAUCAAGUCGGUGGAGUUGACCAUCAUCGACAAGGCUUACGACAUGGGCUGGAUGAAGCCAAGCCCACCAGCCAACCGAACCGAAAAGAGGGUGGUCAUUGUUGGAUCUGGGCCCUGUGGCCUGGCUGCGGCGGAUCAGCUCAACAAGAUGGGUCACCGUGUGACCGUGCUGGAGCGCGCUGAUCGGAUUGGAGGUCUGAUGAUGUAUGGCGUGCCCAACAUGAAGACUGACAAGGUGGAUGUUGUCCAGAGACGUGUGAACAUCAUGAAGCAGGAGGGUGUGACCUUUAUCACCGGCCCUGCUGGUCGUGUGGCUGAAAGCGCCCAGGAGGCCAGUAUCGAAGGCACCAACAUGGGCCCACGGGCGGCGCAGCUCCUUGAGGAGUAUGAUGCUGUGCUGUUGGCGGUGGGCUCCACUGUGGCCCGAGACAUGCAGAACGUCCCUGGGCGUGACUUGAGCGGUGUUCACCUUGCAAUGGACUACUUGACCUACAACACGAAGGCCCUGUUGGAUGGCGGCGAUGUGGGCAGCAAGUGGCGGCGCUGGUGGGGUGCCAAGAAGAAUGGAACCGACCCCAAGACGCUGGAUGCAAAGGACAAGAAGGUCAUCGUCAUCGGAGGCGGAGACACUGGAAAUGACUGCAUUGGAACUGCCGUGAGACAGGGUGCGAAGUCAGUGAUCAAUCUGGAGCUCAUGCCACAGCCACCCAAGCAGCGUGCCCCGAACAAUCCUUGGCCUCACUGGCCUUUGGUGUUCAAGGUGGACUAUGGACAUGAAGAGGCCGCUCCGUUGAACGGCAACAAAGACAUCCGAGAGUAUGGAGCUCUCACGAAGGAAUUUUUGGAUGACGGCCAUGGCAACUUGAAGGGCAUCAAAAUGGUGAAUGUGAGAUGGGAGAAGAUUGACGGUCAAAUGCGCAUGAUGGAACAGCCAGGGAGCGAGAAGAUCCUGGAGGCGGACCUGAUCCUCCUGGCCCUGGGAUUCUUAGGCCCCGAGAACCCACUGGCCAAUGCCUUCGGAGUCGACAUGGAUGAGAGGGGGAACUACAAGGCCCUCUAUCAGAAGAGCGAAGGAGAUUUCCAGACGUCCAAUCCGAAGGUCUUUGCUGCAGGAGAUUGCAGACGGGGCCAGUCCCUGGUCGUCUGGGCAAUCAAGGAAGGCCGAGAUGCCGCCGAUGCUGUAAACAG